UUAUACAGAAAUACGUACGUUUGCUAGAUUCUUGUGUUGUUAUGAAGCUCGAAAGAUGGAAUCUUAACUAACCUCAUAUUUAAGUUCAGAGUUCAUAUUAUCUAUAUGCGGCCAAUGACGGCCUCUUAUCUCGUUCUUAAUAGCUAUGAUUUGUCUUCACUGCACAUUGUAAUUAAUCGCUUUAACGAGUGCAAAAGUGCAUACUGUUAUCAAGUUACAAUGGUGUUGCAAAGAUAUUUACUUAGUGCAACAAGACAGUACACAUUAAAGAGAAGAAUACUAGGAACAUUCAGACAAACGUUUUGUGAACUUCGCUACUCAUAUUCAUCAGACUCUACAAGGAAGUACACAGAUAGACAUGAAUGGGUGGUUGUUGAGAAGGAUAUUGGUACAGUGGGUAUAAGUAAUUAUGCACAAGAAUCUCUUGGCGACAUUGUGUUUGCACAACUACCAGACCCGGGAAGUGAAAUUAAGGCAGGUGAUGAAUGUGGGGCAUUGGAGAGUGUUAAAGCGGCCAGUGAAAUAUAUUCACCAGUAACUGGUACUAUUACAGAGAAGAACACCGAAGUUGAGAACAAACCGGGUCUGAUUAACACAUCUUGUUUUGAAAAAGGUUGGCUAUUCAAAUUGAAAUUAACAAAACCAGAAGAAUUAGAUGAGUUAAUGAAUGAAGAACAAUAUGAAAAAUUCCUUAAAAGUGAUGUGGAAAAAGACCACUAAUAUGUUAAGUUGUUGAUUUUUUU